CAAAGGAAGCAACAGCGCGAAUCGAACCUUCUCCAACUGGACUGCUUAACAAUUUUCCAGCACUCGCACCUUCAACGCCAGCCCUUCCAUCGGUACCCGAACUUUCACCAGCCUCAAACCUUUGCUUAUUCGAGAUACUCAGUUCGCUUGCCGCAGGCACCUCCUGCAUAACCAUAGACUAGAACAACGUCCUUUGCGAUUUGGCAGUGGAGCCCCGCCCGACGCCUCACAUCGCACCAUCCUCUCCCUCGCAAACUACGAAACCACCCAUCAUGGCCACCGAUGGCCGGCCACUGAAGGGCAUUCUCAAAAAGCCAGCCGGUGUCUCCGGCAACAGCAACUCUGGCGCCGCUGCCGCUGUACUCAACCCGCGAAAGCAGGAUCCCCGCGAAAUCGCGCUACAACACGCACGCAUCAUCCAACAGCGCAAGGACCUCGAGAUCGAGAUCCUCGAGAGCUUGGCCCUGCUGUCCGAGUACCCCACCGAGCGCGGCAGCCGCCUCUACUCGGCCGCGAACCCCUCACCCCGCGACGUCGCCGACUUCAAGGCCAACGUCCGCCUCUUCCAGCCCUCCGACUACGACGACCUCAUCGAGGAGCGUAACGUCAACGGGCUGUGCGGCUAUACCCUCUGCGCCCAACCCAAGCCGGCCGCCUCCAAAGGUGGCGAAUGGCGUCUCGUCAACUUUGGCACAUCGAAUUUCGACAUUGUUAACCGCAAGGAGUCGGAGAAGUGGUGUUCCAAGGACUGUCAGCGCAGGGCGCUCUACGUCAAGGUCCAGCUUAACGAGACGGCCGCCUGGGAGCGCGCGGGAAUCCCGGAUAUCGAGAUUGAGCUGCUCGGCGAGGACAGGUCGGCAAGGGUGGACCCCGCUGCACAAGCGACGCAUGACCUCGCGAACCUGAAGCUGGAGGAGAGCAGGAGGGCGGCUGAUGAAUCCGCGACGCUGGCUUUGGAGAGGGGCGAGGUGCGGCAGGCGGGUGGCCAGUCGGGCAAGACGUUUACGCUUGCGAUCAGGGAGAGAGAUGCCAAGCCGCCAGUCGAUAACGGUAUCUUUGCGGAACCGGACGAUGCGCAUCUGAUGGUGGAAGGACACAGACCGGGCGCUGGGAAGGCGCACGCUCGGGCCGAGGCUCUCCAGGCUGAAGCUCGAUUUAGGAAGGAAAACGAAUGAUGUGAAAAUUUCACGGGCAGAAGGGAAUUUAACACUGUUCUUUGGAGUGCGGCGUAGUCGGCUCGGCCUGGCGACAGGAGCUGGUUGCUGUAUAUAUAUAGAC